CACCCUCUCAAAGCCCCCAUUGCGAGCGCCCGCCGCUCCCUCUGGGAAAGCGUCCCCCAGCUCGGGCCAAUCGGUUCUCCCCAUGGAUUACAGGUUUCCUUCGGGAGAGGGAGGCGCAGCCUUCCUUUGCCCGGCGCCCGAGGAACUGCUCCGCCGGGCUGCGCGGCAGUAAGGCUCACCGCCUGUCCGUUCAGGACGGAUCCUGCAGCUCUGGCGGGGAACAAAGCGGCUUCCCUCCUUCCCACCUCUUCCGCGCCUUCCUCGGGCUCGAGUCUUCCGCAAUGGACGGUAUCUUAGAGCCCUUCCCCGGGGGCGCCUCCAGCUUCCUGGACUUGGGCGAUUUGAAUGAGGCGGAUUUUCUUAACAAUGUGCAUUUCUCCGAGAGCUUUGACCACUUCUCUGAGAACAUGGAGGACUUUUCCAAUGAACUGUUCAACAGCUUCUUUGAUGACCCCAUGCUGGUGGAAAAAAACCCUUUGCUGGACAUGGAUCUGGAUCCUCCCACUCCUGGCAUCCAGGCAGAACACAGCUACUCCCUGAGUGGAGACUCUGCUCCACAGAGCCCUCUUAUGCCUGUCAAGACAGAGGACAAUGCUAGUGAAUUAGAAAAUGGUAUGUGGACACUCCAGCACAAGCUAUGUUCCAUCAUGGUGAAGCAGGAGCAGAACAUGGUGCCAGAAAUACCUGAAACUCAGCUGCCAACUCAUGCAGUUCCCAUGAUGAAUCUUAACCCACUGCAAAGGUUGCCAGUCCCCAAAGAGGCACCUAUAGAAAUGACUACCCAACCUGUAAUCAAAGCUGAACCUAGAGAAGUUAAUCAAUUUUUAAAUGUGCCAACAGAUGACUUGGUGCAGAUGCCACCAACACCUCCCAGCAGUCAUGGCAGUGACAGUGAUGGAUCUCAGAGCCCAAGAUCCCUGCCUCCCUCCAGCCCAGCCCGCCCCACUGCUCGGUCUUCUACAGCAAUCUCUUCUUCUCCACUCCUCACGGCGCCACAUAAACUACAGGGGACUUCAGGGCCCCUGCUCCUAACUGAGGAGGAAAAGCGCACCCUGAUUGCUGAGGGUUAUCCCAUCCCAACCAAGCUUCCUUUGACUAAAGCAGAAGAAAAAGCACUGAAGAGAGUAAGGCGAAAGAUCAAGAACAAGAUUUCUGCACAGGAGAGUCGCAGAAAGAAGAAAGAAUAUGUAGAGUGCUUGGAGAAAAAAGUUGAAACAUAUACAUCUGAGAAUAAUGAACUGUGGAAAAAGGUGGAGACGUUAGAAAAUGCAAACAGGACUCUUCUGCAGCAGUUACAAAAGCUACAAUCUCUGAUUGCAGGGAAGGUUUCCAGGCCUUACAAAAUGGUCUCUACACAGACAGGAACAUGCCUGAUGGUCCUGGUGCUGUGCUUUGUUCUGGUUUUGGGCUCCUUGAUGCCAUGUCUCCCAGAAUUCUCAACAACAUCACAAACAGUAAAAGCAGCUCCGACGCCAGACAUUUACACAACAAGUAAAAUUCAAUCACGGAGCCUGCUGUUCUAUGAUGAGCACAGGGGCUCCUUAGAGGAGACCUACAGCUCCUUCAUUUCUGUGGAGCAUUCUGAAGAGUGGGAAGCUGAAAAAAAUGUGGAAGAAGAGAAGCAGCCACAAGCGGACGUGCACAGUAGCCUGACUGCGGCUUAUGAAACAGUCAAGUAUCUGAACAAAACCCCUGUUACAGGUCCAAAUCAGAAUCAGACCAGCUCAACUCUUACUCAUUCCAAGGAAAGCUUCCCUGAGAGGAAUGGAACCUCCAGUGACACAGCUGAAUAUUUGUAGCAGCUGCAAACUCUCCGGGCCUCUUCCAUCUGGAUGCAGGAUCCUUUCCUAGUGAUGUGACUGGCGUUGCAAUCCUUUGCAUGCUUACCUAGAAGUAAGCAUCAUUCUUAAUUCUAAGUAAGCAUGACUAGGAUUGCAAAAUUGAGGGGUUGGAUUGCAGUCUAAACUGACAAACUCAUAAAUACAACUGGAUGGGAAUUAUUUCUGAGUAAAAUGAACAGGCUUGCACUGUGGGAGGAGAUGUCCUACCUAGACAGCUCCAAGCUGGCCUUGAGUUUAACCUCUUAUUCACUCACACUUAGGCCCUGGUAUUAAUACUGAUCUUUCUGUCAGAUUUCACAUUUUCCAUAAUCAGGGAUAGCACCUCCACCCUCUAAUGUAUUCUCACUUGUAAUUGAAGUCUACUACCCAACUCCAUCAUUCCCAAAUAAUUUUUGUUUCUAUGUCAACAAAAACAUUCCUGUUCAGCUACUGAUUUUUGAGAUUUUUGCAUUAGUUUUUUUACAUAGUUGUAUACUUUACAAUUAAAUAUCCAGAUAAGAGGAUAUUUCAAAAAGAAACUUUUGCUGAUCAAAUAUGACAUCACCACGUGAAACAGAUUGCAUAUCACGUUUAUGUCCAGUUAAGAAAAAAAAUAGUCUUCUAAAAAGUGUUUCUCAUGAAUACAAAUCAUAAUCAAUAAAAUCAGUCCUUUUAUCUGAUGAUUGGAGAGUCUGAAAUUUACUUCUGAAUAAGAAGUAAAAGAUAUUGCAAUCUUUGAUAUUUGUUGGGUGUUUUUUAAACUUUGGCUUUUCUUUCAAAUAGUCCAACAGCAGCCCAUUUGAGUGAGGUCCUUCUUUAUCUUACACUGUUCCUUUAAAAGAUGAGAUUGCCAUAAAUGACCCGUAUCCAUAUGGACUAAGAAAUUUUGUUUGACCAUUUCUACAAAUGUUCCUCCUCAAUAUGCAGAGGACCAAAGAUAGUGGGCAUCUUGAUGUCUCCCGCCCCCACAAUACACACAUAUGCAAACUUACAUACAUGCAUUUGGGACAGAUAGAUCAGCAUAGUUCUGCAAUGAUUGCCAUUUCAAUAGUCAAUAUACAGAAAUUUUCCCCAGUAAUUCUUUGUUAAAGUCCACUAGGACACACACUACAAAUUUCUAUGUAUUCACCUCUCAAAAAAUCUGAAACCAGCAUAAAGAACCACUUCUCAACAAGUGGGUAUCCUUGACAUCCUUGUCAUUAGUCAUAACUUCUGAGAAUUGUCCACAUGUGCCUCAAAUUCAUAUUGUUGUACAGAGACCAAAAGCAGAAAUUGUUUGUACAUAAUGAAUUUUAUUUUGUAUUAUUGCCAACUCUUAAGAUAAUGUAUUUUGGAGAUCCUUAAGUCCUAUUUUCUGUAUUGUAUUUUAUUAAGAGUUAUUGCGGGCUUUGCACCUGUGAAUUUCCUCUCUUUGCAACGUACUGUUUCCACUCAGUCUAGCCACUGAUGUUUGCCCUGUUUGUUUCUAAUAUAUCGCUCUUUCCUUCUUCUCUCGGCUCUGCAGUCGCUUUCAAGCAGCAAAA